UUUCAAAGCGAGCUUCUCGCAAACCCCAAGCCAAUCUCUAUUCUCCUUUGGGAGAGAGAGAGAGAGAGAGAGAGAUGAGUAUGGCGAUGUUGGAUAGCAUUGUCGGUCUUGUCCUUCUCCUUAUGCUGCUUCUGAUCCUCAUCCUCCUCCUAAUCUCCUGCAAACCAUGGCGCUUCUUCUCCUUCCAUCGUUCUCGCACAAUCAAGGUUGGCCAGCUAGAGAGGCCCCUUGUCUCAGAUGAUGUGGAGUCGACGCCGAGUCAAGUUAAUGAGUUGCCAAGAGAUUACGACCUAGAGGGAGCGUGUUUCCAAAAUGAAGGGCAUUUCCGCUCACCCCGAGCGCAGGGACUUGUUCACAAGUCAAGGGCAGCUACUAUAGCUCCCAAUGUGGCCCAAGGUGAUAGCUUGGUUCUAGAUGUGAUUGCUGAUCAUUCAGAAGAUGUUUUGGUUGGUCAAACACUUAAGCGUCCAUUAUUGAGACAUCAAUUGGGGGAAGAAAAGAAUUUUAAUAGAGAGAGCUUAGAACAUGAGAGGUCUCAAGCAUAUUUUGCCAAAGAUAUCUUUGAUCAAAGAAGCUGCCUCACCCUGGAGGUUAUUUCGGGGCCUUCUCGCGGGUUACGUUGUUUUGUACAAUCAACAAAUUCCUCUAGGCUUCCUUUAACACUUGGAAGGGUUUCUCCAAGUGAUCUAUUACUAAAGGAUUCAGAAGUAUCUGGGAAGCAUGCAUUAAUAAACUGGGAUUUAAAUAAGAUGAGAUGGGAACUGACGGACAUGGGCAGCCUUAAUGGAACACUUUUGAAUUCUCAGCCAAUUAAUCAUUCUGAUUCUGGAAGUAGACAUUGGGGUGCUCCGGUGGAGCUUGCAAGUGGAGACAUAAUAACUCUUGGAACAACUUCAAAAAUAUAUGUCCAUAUUACCUCACAAAGUGAGUGUCAGAUCCCCUUUGGAGUUGGCCUGGCAGCGGAUCCCAUGGCUUUUCGUCGUGGAGGAAAGAAGCUUCCCAUGGAAGAUGUAUGCUAUUAUCAAUGGCCUCUUCCUGGGGUUGAUCAGUUUGGACUAUUUGGUAUUUGUGACGGGCAUGGUGGAGCAGAGGCUGCCAAGACUGCUAGCAAAGUUCUGCCUGAGAUGGUUGCUUCUAUUUUGUCGGAUUCACUUAGAAGGGAGAGGGUGUUAUCACUGUGUGAUGCUUCAGAUGUUCUAAGGGAUGCAUUUUGUCAGGCAGAAGCAAGCAUGAAUCACCAUUAUGAGGGAUGUACUGCAACAGUGCUUCUGGUAUGGGCUGAUGGCGAUAAGAAUUUCUUUGCUCAAUGUGCAAAUGUUGGGGACUCCGCCUGUGUUAUUAAUGUUGAUGGAAAACAUAUUAAGAUGUCUGAGGACCAUAGAGUAAGUAGUUAUACUGAAAGACUUCGGAUGGAAAAAAGAGGAGAGCCAUUAAAAGAUGGGGAAACACGUCUAUGUGGUCUGAAUCUUGCUCGAAUGCUUGGGGACAAAUUUCUUAAACAGCAGGAUGCCCGGUUCAGUUCAGAGCCAUAUGUAAGUCAAGUUGUGCAUAUCGAUCCAGCGAGUCGGGCAUUUGCACUGUUAGCAAGUGAUGGCUUGUGGGAUGUCAUUAGCGUCAAGAAGGCUGUUCAGCUAGUGCUUCAGCGCAAAAGAAAAGGAAACUGUUCCGAUAAGGAGAAUUCUGCAGAGAAGAUUGCUAACUUUUUGUUGAGUGAAGCAAGAACACUGCGAACAAAGGAUAACACAUCUGUAAUAUUCCUAGACUUCGACAUUUCGACCAGAACCUCCUGUAAAGUUGAAUCUUAAUAUGAGUAAAAAGAAAAGUUGAUGGAAGGAUUCAGCAGCACAUAAACCGGGCUUUCAUUGAUGUCCAUCAACUGUUUGUGUUUUGUUGAAA